AUGUGUGGCUUUGGCGAGAAGGACCGUCGACCCGUCGACCCGCCCCCAAUUGUCCAGCUUCUCCUCGACGAACAGCACAAUCAGCACCCUGCGAGACGCGCACAUCGGUCUGCUAUUGCUGCUGCCCUCGCCGCCGCUGCUUCUACUGGGAAGAAAGGGAGCUCGGCCAAGAAAAAGGGCACGGGAGCAGGAGCAGGAGCAGGGAGGAAGGCCAAGGGCGGGAAGAAAGUCGGAGCAGGAGGACAAGAGGAAGAUGCGGAUGAGGAGAGUGUGCAGGGGGAUCAUGAGGAUGAUGAGGGGGAUGAGGCUUAUCACCAGGAAGAGACGAGCGAUGCCGACGAGGCUGGUGGAGACAAGAAAUCUUCUUCGUCUCGCAAUGGUCGGUCCCAAAGAGGAGGAGCAGCCAAGAACCCAAAGCACGAGCACGGCACUGGAUCUACAUCCUCACCCUCACUCGGCAAACACGGCCGCCAACCAAAUAAGAGCGAUCACUCCAACAGCGACUCGGAUAACAACAGCGACUCUGAAAACGACAACGACAAUGUCGACGGAAACAACGGAGACCUGGACGAACAGGACCCGCUCUUCGUUCUCCACGUCUCCCUCUGGUCGCACGACGGUACUGAAGUCCGCAACAUGAUUGCAACACCUGGACAAUCCGACCCUCCCAAAUUGACCAGGAUCUUGAUGGGGUCCUUGGUAGUAUCCCCGAUCCUGUUGAAUAACCCAGAGGGUGUUCCGGGGUGGUAUUUCAGUUUCCCGGACUUGAGUAUCAGGACGGAAGGGACUUAUACCCUCAAGUUCUCUCUUAUGCGCUUUGGAAGUUUUGACUUUUCGAGCAGUGAGGAUGGACAAACUUCCCUCCUGGUCGCAGAAGAGACCAGCGACCCCUUCCAAGUCUUUUCCGCAAAGAAGUUCCCUGGCAUGACUGAAUCGACGGAGCUGUCAAAGGCAUUCGCGAAGCAGGGACUCAAGAUCCCCAUCAGGAACGACCUCCGUGUCCGUAAAGCCGACCGCGACUAG